CGGUCCGCCGCCGGGAUGCGAUGGUCGGGCUUCCCGCCGCCGGUGCUGCUGCUGUGGUUCGCGGCAGGACUCAUGUUGCUGCCUCCUUCUGGGGAAAGCCUCUCCGAGCCCAGAUGCGACUUAUAUACUCUACCUGGAUGCCCAAGGAACUUUAAUCCUGUUUGUGGGACUGAUGGAGAAACUUACGCAAAUGAGUGUAUGCUUUGUGCUGCAAACAGAGAACAUGAAAAAAAUGUAGAAAUUGCUUAUAAGACAUCGUGCUCAUGAGAUAAGCUUCAAGAAAGUGAACUCUGUAGCCGGCUCAGUAACUGAAACCGUAUUUUAAAAGUGCCUUCCAACUGCUGCAACAGAAACAAACUCGUUUGCUCUACCCAACUUUUGAAUUCGCUUAAUACAGGUGUUCUGUUGAACAAA